AUGAAGGAAUCAAGGGAGCGUUUUAGCGGCUUAGAAACACUAGGGCAAGAGGUGAAGGACGUAGUUGAGGAAUUUAGAGUAAAAAUCCUAGUUUUGGAGCAAGAGAAUACCGAACUGAAGAAGAAUAUGGUGGAUAACAUCCAGAUGAAUAAAGGAAAUAAUCAAGAAAUUCGUCUUUUAAAACGUGAGCUCCUUGAACUACAACAAUCCGCCCAUCGGAACAAUAUCGAAAUAAAAGGCGUGCCUUCCUCUGGUAAAGAAGAUAUACUCAUGGUCAUGGAAGCCAUUGCGAAAGCCUUAGAUGUGCCGUACAAUAGGGGUGAGUUAGAUGUAGUCCACCGUAUGCCAACGUCUGACACCCACCAUCCAACUAUCAUCGCAGCUUUUAUGUACCGUGGCACCAGAGACAUGUGGCUUGCGGCCGCUAGAAAGAAGAAGCUGAUGACUACAGACAUCUCUACUCUCCUGGAGCCUGGCCCUGUGUAUAUAAACAGUCAUCUCACUUGCCAUAACAAGUUCCUUCUGGCGAGAGCCAAGCAACAUGUGAGAGACGAAGAAGUUGGAAGCAGUAUGGACUGUCGAGGGAAAGAUCCUGGUUCGGAAGGAAGAAGGAAGCCACGCACAGAGAGAAUGAGAAGAUCUGGACGGUAUAGCAGGGUGAGAUAA